GGCAGUUGAAUCGAAAUUGUCUAGUGUCUGUGAAAUAACCUCCUCUCCAAUCAGCACCAAAAAUGAUCAAGGCUUUGUGCUUCCUUGGGCUUAUUGCCGUGGCUUUCGCCACUGAGGGCUUGGAAGAUUGCGGAAGCCCCGGGGGAACACUGAUUUCAGCCCAGAUCGGCGAUUGCGAAGCGGCCCCAUGCACCGUAACCCCCGGAGAAACUGUCAAUUUCGUCGCCUCCAUGCUUUCUGCCUCAAGCACUGAAACCUUGGAGGUGCUCGUCGAGGCCGACCUCAGCGGUACCGUCAUUGACAUCACCGACAUCGUCGGUGUCAACAGGGAUGGCUGCCAAACCGUCGACCCCGAAUGCCCCAUUGUUCCCGACGUCGAAUACACCAUCACCGCCGAAGUCACCGUCAGCGACUUGUUCGCCGGGGAAAGCUUGGACGUCGUCAUGUCUCUGAUCGGUGACGGUGGAGAGACUUUGGUUUGCCUGAAGCUUCGUGCUGAUGUCGAGGCAUAAGCAGCUUGUGAACACCGGACACUCGGCAACUUCAAAAGCCCAAGUCAUCAAGAGGACGGAAAUGUAACGCGAUUGAUUCUUAUUGAUGCUAAGCACUUCCGUCUCAAAAGGUUGCCCAAUAAUAAACACAAAAUUCCAUUUUA